CCCACAAGCCUCCAUAGUCUCCCUUUACAUUGGCCACCUCUCGACACUAUCAUCACUUCUGUCGGCCAAUUUCCUUCCCAUUUCCCCUCUCUCCCACACCCCCUCAUAAGUCAUCAUCAAUCUCAACCAAAACCAAAGCCUCCCCUAAUUUUUUCUUUCCUUUGCGUCCAUCAAACUCAUCACUUUCCUGAUAUCAAUAUCCUACUCUCCGAUCUAACUGAUCAUCUUCCUUUUUCUUUUGUUGUGCAACAUGAAACACCAUCAAGAACUCGCAACCCUUCAAAGGAGCAGCAGCUACAACAAUUACAACAACAAAUCAAGUACCAGAAAUAAGAUCAACCCAUCAAACUUUCCUAGAUCAACUUCACUCUCAAUCCCUGUAACCGAAGAAUUUUCAGACAAACUCCUUGUUCCUAGAAGCUUCUCAUCAGCUCCACGUUCUUCCAUACAACGUUUCCAUAAUGUUAAUUCCAGGUUCUGUAACCUCCUUCGUUCGCUUCUCAAAAUAAUAGCUUUUCCCAAUAUAAUCCCCACCACUUGCAAAUGGCUGACCCUCCCAACCCACUUCUCUAUAACCCCUUCCCUUGGCCGCAAAGUAACCGGAACCCUCUUCGGCCACCGCCGUGGUCACGUCAGCUUCGCCGUCCAGAAUGAUCCCCGGUCCGAACCGGUUUUGCUCCUCGAACUAGCCAUGUCAACGUCUAGUUUAGUCAAAGAAAUGUCAUCGGGUCUGGUCCGGAUUGCGCUCGAGUGCGAGAAGGUUCCAAGCCGAUCGGCGGUCCAACCGAAUCGAACCGGGAGGCUGUUCCAUGAACCUAUGUGGACUAUGUAUUGUAACGGGAGGAAGAGUGGAUAUGCGGUAACGCGCACGUGCACCGAAUCGGAUUGGCACGUGCUGAGCACCUUGAAAAGCGUGUCGGUGGGUGCUGGGGUUAUACCGGUGGUGGAAGAUGAACGGAAAAAUGGUGGAAGUGAAGGUGAGUUGUUGUAUAUGAGGGCUAAGUUUGAACGAGUCGUGGGGAGUCGGGACUCAGAAGCGUUUUACAUGAUAAACCCUGAUAACAAUGGAGGCCCUGAACUCAGCAUUUUUCUUCUUAGAAUAUGAAAUAUUAUAGAUUCAUCAAGAAAUAAACGUGAUAUAAAAAUCAUCUAUUGUCGUGGUCAUGGGUUUUUUUUUUUAGGUAUUUUUCUAGUUCGAAUUGCUUGUUUAGUGACUUGUACCAUGUCUUUUUUUUUUUUUUUUUUUUUGUAUGAUGGAAACUUGUAUUACUAUGUGCACUGUACAUGAUUUUUGGCUUGUUAUUAAUGUUAGAAAAAUUCGACCUCCCACGUGAAAAAAGAAG